AAAGGCCUUCAUCAAUCGCUCACUUCGGUGGUGGAGAAAAGAGCUUCGAAGCUUUGAAGGUUUGAGCUCAAUGGCGAAACCGGUUCAAAUCGAAGUAUGGAAUCCAAAUGGCAAAUACAGAGUUGUGAGCACUAAGCCUAUGCCUGGAACUCGCUGGAUUAAUCUCUUGAUCGAGCAAGAUUGCCGAGUCGAAAUUUGUACUGAGAAGAAGACGAUACUCUCUGUUGAGGAUAUUAUUGCUCUCAUCGGCGAUAAGUGCGACGGCGUCAUUGGACAGUUGACUGAAGAUUGGGGAGAGGUGCUGUUUUCUGCAUUAAGCAGAGCGGGAGGGAAAGCUUUUAGUAACAUGGCUGUUGGUUACAAUAAUGUAGAUGUUAAUGCUGCCAAUAAGUAUGGUGUUGCUGUAGGAAACACUCCUGGAGUACUUACAGAAACUACAGCAGAGUUGGCAGCUUCACUUUCUCUUGCUGCUGCGAGAAGGAUAGUUGAAGCUGAUGAGUUCAUGAGGGCAGGCCGAUAUGAUGGAUGGCUUCCCAAUUUGUUUGUUGGAAACUUGCUGAAAGGACAGACUGUUGGUGUGAUUGGAGCUGGUCGUAUUGGAUCUGCUUAUGCAAGAAUGAUGGUAGAAGGGUUUAAGAUGAACCUGAUCUACUUUGAUCUUUACCAGUCAACCAGACUCGAAAAGUUCGUUACAGCCUAUGGUGAGUUCCUGAAAGCCAACGGUGAAGCUCCUGUGACAUGGAGAAGAGCAUCAUCCAUGGAUGAGGUGCUUCGAGAAGCCGACGUGAUAAGUCUUCAUCCAGUACUGGAUAAAACCACCUUCCAUCUUGUGAACAAAGAAAGUCUUAAAGCCAUGAAGAAGGAUGCAAUCCUCAUUAACUGCAGUAGGGGACCUGUGAUCGAUGAAGCAGCCCUUGUUGAGCAUUUGAAAGAGAAUCCGAUGUUUCGAGUUGGCCUUGAUGUUUUUGAGGAUGAACCAUACAUGAAACCUGGACUAGCUGAUAUGAAGAAUGCGAUUGUUGUUCCUCACAUUGCUUCUGCUUCCAAGUGGACUCGCGAAGGAAUGGCAACAUUGGCUGCUCUUAAUGUCCUGGGAAAAAUUAAAGGAUAUCCUGUUUGGUCCGAUCCGAACCGAGUAGAACCAUUCCUUGACGAGAACGUUUCACCUCCAGCUGCAUCUCCGAGCAUUGUGAAUGCCAAGGCCUUGGGUAACGCUUAACAAAAAUCUACCUAACUUAAAAGGACUGCCUGUUUCAAAGCUGUGAAGUAUGAUGCUAAAAGAUCUUUGAGCAAAAAAUGCAAGCAUUAUAGAUAUGGAGGUAAAUGGAGAUUGUAUUUCUGGGUGAAAUUGGUGAAUGUAGAACUUUGGACAAUUGAUAAUAAUGUGUAUCUAUCUUUUUUUGUUGAAUGCAAGUCCAUUACUUGGUUCUACAACAUCAAA